UGCUCAGCGGUGCUCGCCUUCAUGAAGGGCAUUUACGUGCUGGAAGGCAAGUGGUCCCUCGAGUUCAUGAACACAUCGACUCUGCGGUUGGCCACUUCGGCCUUUGCCAUGGCGGCCACAUUUGUCACCUUGCUGCUGGUCUUUCUGGGGAGGCUUCGCCGCACCCUUCCACCGUCGGGCCUCUGCUGCGCCCUCUAUGGGGCACUUACCGUCGCCGCUUUGGUUGACAUGGUUCGUUUCCUCGAGAGGAUUCAUAACGCAGAGGUAAAGUGUUUCGCCGUCUACAGGGCUUUCAGGAGAUCCCUUUGUUACAGCUCCAUUCUGUACUGCUGAAGUGAUGAAUGCUGCC